AUGAGUAUCUCCGUGAAAGGUUCAACUUCAGCUGGGCCCGUGAAGAGCUCCAAGUUUAAGCCCUCUAUUCCUCCCGCUCACAAGUCAGAGAGUUCUCGUCGCCUUGGUUUAUCCUCUUUCUCUACGCCUGGUUUUCAAGCGUCCAAACCCAAUCUUUCGUCUAAGCCCAAACUUCUGCCCAACCCUAGGGAAGUUGUCUACAUCUCGAGCGAUUCCGGUCCUCCGACCCCCAUCCGAGGUGCAAUCAAGAGGGAUUCUUCUGAUUUAUCCAUAACGGGAGAGGCCUCCCCACAUGCCCAAAAACGCCAGAAGACGACGGUAAUUCAGGAGGAAAAGGAAAAUGUUUUACGGGUCUCAUCGAAGAUCAAUGUCGACGUUUCAAGAAGGAAUUCUGCCCAGAGCGUACUACUCGAUAACGGAGGCAACGAAUUAGCAGGGCAAUCCUUUGAGACAUUGAAGCAGUACCAAGCGUACAAUAGUCAGCUCAGGCAGCACAUUGGCAAGGAGUGUGUUGCCUACUGGCAGGGCAGCGAUAAGACCAAGGAUAUUGUGGUCCUUUCUAAGAUAGAAGAACUCCUUCGCUCUCGUCUUGAUGCCGUUAAUUCUGAGCUUCAAAGGCGUCAGACUGAAAAAGCUGUCUUUUCUCAGCAGCCAACUUCCCUCCCGCAAAAUGCAGAAGCAAUUAUUAUUCCCGAAUAUGUCCCUCCUCCUAUCUUGUCUCAACAAGCAGUUGAAAGUGAUGAUGAGUAUUGGGAAGGCAUGGAGGAUAUUCCCAUGCAUGAACCCCCGGCUGCAUCCACUUCCACGGCACCAUUCGAGCCCCGACCUCCACCGUCAUUGGAUAAAGAGCGCAGCGCACUAGUGGCAAGUGACUUUUAUCCUGAAAUUUCGCGCCAGCUCCGUCAAGUCUUCAAGCUUGUCGACUUUAGGAAGAAUCAAUUGGAAGCCAUUACAGCGGCCAUGCAAGGGAAGGAUGUUUUUGUUCUCAUGCCUACAGGAGGCGGCAAAAGCCUUUGCUACCAACUUCCAGCGAUAUGUACCAGCGGAAAGACACGAGGAGUAACAAUUGUGGUUUCUCCCCUUGUAGCCCUCAUGAAGGACCAAGUCGAGGGAUUGAAUGCAAAGGGGAUUGAUGCCUUACUUUCCAAUGCAGAAACCGUUGGAAAUGACUGGCAGUGCUUGGUCAUUAGCUCGCGCAAGCCCAGUCUAUGGUAUAUCACACCGGAAAAGCUUCGAGAUAGCAACAAGGUCAAUGAAAUCCUGACAAUCUUGGCCAAAGAGGACAACUUGGCAAGAUUUGUGAUUGACGAAGCACAUUGUAUUUCGACAUGGGGCCAGGAUUUUCGCGAUGCGUACACUGCCCUUGGAUCACUUCGUGAUCGUUUUCCUGACGUGCCGAUCAUGGCAUUAACUGCAACGGCCAACAAGCACACGGUGGCUGAUAUCGUCUCUCAGCUGAAACUGCGGGAUCAUGCCUUUUUCACUCAAUCCUUCAACCGCACAAACCUGAAAUACGUUGUGCGGAAGAAGUCGAAAGUGGACAUCACAAACGAGCUCGUGGCCCUCUUGGAAUCGAGACAGGGCAAGACCGGCAUCAUAUACUGCAAUGCACGUCGGACGUGUGAAAACGUAGCUGAAAAUCUUCGCGAGAAGGACAUCGAUGCCGCUCACUUUCAUGCUGGGAUGUCUACCGCUGAAAAGGAUCAAGCAGUGCACGAUUGGCAUGCAGGGGUGGUUCCUGUUAUUGUCGCAACGAUUGCCUUCGGAAUGGGUAUCGACAAAUCUGACGUGCGAUAUGUCAUUCAUCACGACAUGCCGAAGUCGCUCUCUGGGUACUAUCAGGAAACUGGACGAGCUGGACGCGAUGGUGAACCUGCGGAAUGUAUUAUGUUUUACUCAUAUCAAGACAAAACCAAGUUAGACAACCAGAUUGAGAAGAGUGAAGAUUCUACCCAGGAGAGCAAAGAAAGGCAGAAAAAUGCUGUUCGCGAAGUCUAUCAAUUUUGCGAGAACACCUCGGAAUGUCGGCGCGUGCAGAUCCUCCAGCAUUUUGAUGAAAGAUUUGACAAAUCCCUUUGUCGUCGAGGGUGUGAUACCUGCGAGGCCGAUCGUGAAACUGUCUCGAAGGAUCUCACGUCCAAUGCCGUCGAUGCGAUUAAACUCAUCCAGCUUUUGAGUCAACGUGGAGACAAAUUAACUCAGCCUCAAUUUGUAUCCGUUUUACGUGGCGCAAAUACGGCCGACGUGAGGGGUAAGGGUCAUGAUAAGCUGCCUGGAUACGCCUCUUGUUCGGAGCUGCCGAAGGAGCUACUGGAACUCAUGCUCAGCCGUCUCGUAUAUAAGAGGGUCAUUGAAACAGUAGCCGAGCAAAACAGGCGAGGAUUUCACAGCAAUUACCUUGUGCUCGGACAAAACGCGCAAAGCUUGUUGAGCGGAGCAGAAAGCUUCCUUGUAGACUGGCACCCAAAACCUGAAAAGGCACCUAGACAACGAAAGAAGGCCCCCGGCCAAUUCGAAUCAAUCAGUGCUCCUCUACGAUCGCGGAAAGGGAAGCAGAAGGCCGCGUUGGAAGACGAUCCCAUUGAGGUGUUCGACGACAUGUACGACAUGGGUGACUCCCCGGCCCGCAUCGAAAGCAUCUCUGCGGAGCCUCCCAGGUCUACAGUGAAGAGCACCUCGAAUGUGACCAAGCCGUCGUCUUCUACAAGUACCUGCUUAGGCUUUCACUCCCCUGAGGUGUUGUACAACAGGAUGCUGGAGCUUCGUAAUCAGAUCACGGUUGAUGAGAAUCUCGAAGACGAAGAUGUCCUGGAUGAUGCGAGUUUGCAAUACCUGAGCGCGACCUGUCCAAUAGACUACAACUCGUUUAAACAGGAAUUGAUCAACGGGAUGGACAUGGACGGGCCAGAUGCUGCAGCCAUCGCAGACAUGAAGUGGAAGCAAUAUGGCCAACCAUUUUUACAACUCUGUAUCCAGCACAAAAGCGCGUCUCUUGGAAACAGGGCCAAGUCUGCUCCUCAGAUUUUCAGUCCUGCUACCCUGCAUUACGAGUUUGAAUAUCGACCUCCAACAACACCUAACAUGCGGACGCCCACAACUUCUGGACCUCCUAAACCGAAAUUCAGACCGGCUAGAACAUUUUGA